AUGUUUGGAUUGCUAAUAACGAUUGCAUUGGUGGCGGCGGUAGACAUGGAAGAAUGGGAUCCAAUCAAAAAUCAGCUUAAAGAUUUUAUGGCAAGCACGGACGGUCCCAUAGGCACACUAACUACAAGCGGCGGUACCCCUGUCUCUGAUCAUGAAGCAACCAGCACAUUAGACACUGAUUCUGUAAUUGAUAACGAAUAUUUUCUAGAUAAAAUUACUCAUUUUGUUGAAGAGAAAAUUCCUGAGCGUAUCGUUCACCCAAAAGGUUCUGGAGCAUUUGGAUACUUUGAAGUAACACACGAUAUUUCAGAUAUUUGCAAAGCUAAUUUUUUAAGUAAAGUUGGAAAGAAGACACCUAUUGCUGCGAGAUUAUCAACAACUAGAGGAAAUAGAGGGGGUUCAGAUGUAAACCGUGACACUAGAGGCAUGUCAAUAAAAUUUUAUACUGAAGAAGGUAAUCUUGAUUUAACCGGAUUUAGUACUUCAGUUUUUACUAUUAAAGAUGCGGUACAUUUUGAUUCUGCUAACCAUGCUGCAGGAAUAAAUCCAGCGACAGGUUUCACUGAUAUUUCGACAUUUUGGGAUUUUUUGUCAUCCCUUCCUGAGUCCAUAUUCCUGGUACUACAGUUAUUCUCUGAUUUAGGUAUACCUGCAGGUUAUGCACACAUGGCUGCGCAUCCGAUUCACACAUAUCAGGUUGUAAAUGACUGUGGGGUUUAUCACUUUGUCCGAUUCCAUUUCAUACCAGACGCCGGCAUUAAGCACUUAACCUCAGCUGAAGCUAAAAACAUUAGCAGCAACGAUCCUGAUUUUAUGGGGAGAGAUUUAUUUACACGAAUCGCUAAAGGUCAAUAUCCUACCUGGACGGUAAGUGUGCAAAUUUUGUCCGAAGCAGACCUAAAGAAGACCGGACACAUAGUGUUUGAUGUUACCACACUUAUUUCUACUAGAGACUUUCCAUUACUUCCAGUCGGUAAGAUAGUUUUAAAUGAAAACCCUAACAAUUACCACGCACAAGUAGAACAGAUGGCAUUUUGUCCGUCAAGCUUAGUUCCUGGUAUAUUAGGAGCCCCAGAUAAACUGUUUCUAGCACGUCGAUUGGCCUAUAGGCAUUCACAGAUGUAUCGGUUGGGAUCGAAUUUCAAAAAAAUACCAGUUAAUUGUCCAUUCCGUGUGGACACUCAUACUUAUGUUAGAGAUGGCGUGCCACCAGUCGGUGAUAAUGAGAAAGGUGCUCCCAACUAUUAUCCCAAUUCGUUUAAUGGUGCUGAACCGUACAGGGAGAAAUAUAAUUCAAAAUUGAUUAAAAUAAAAGAAACGAGUCGAGUAAAUAAUUUAGGUCAAGCUGCUGAAUACUACGAGGAACUGAGUUCUGGGGAAAAAUCUCGACUUAUUGACAAUUUUUCCGAUGGCUUAAAAGGGGCACUUCCCAUGAUUCAGAUAAAAGUUCUAAACUUAAUAAAACGUAUUCACCGAAAAUUAGGGGAACAAUUGGCGAAAAAACUGAAAAUGUAA